AUGCGCAGACUCAGUUCCUGGAGAAAGAUGGCGACGGCCGAGAAGCAGAAGCACGACGGGCGGGUGAAGAUCGGCCACUACAUCCUGGGGGACACGCUGGGCGUCGGCACCUUCGGCAAAGUGAAGGUGGGCAAACAUGAACUGACUGGACAUAAAGUCGCUGUGAAGAUACUCAACCGGCAGAAGAUCCGAAGCCUUGACGUGGUCGGGAAAAUCCGCAGAGAAAUCCAGAAUCUGAAGCUUUUCCGGCACCCUCACAUAAUAAAACUGUACCAGGUCAUCAGUACACCAUCUGAUAUUUUCAUGGUGAUGGAAUAUGUCUCAGGAGGAGAGCUAUUUGAUUAUAUCUGUAAAAAUGGAAGGUUGGACGAAAAGGAAAGUCGCCGUCUGUUCCAACAGAUCCUUUCUGGUGUGGAUUAUUGUCACAGGCACAUGGUGGUCCACAGGGACUUGAAACCUGAAAACGUCCUGCUUGAUGCACACAUGAAUGCAAAGAUAGCUGAUUUUGGUCUUUCAAACAUGAUGUCAGAUGGUGAAUUUUUAAGGACAAGCUGUGGCUCACCCAAUUAUGCUGCACCAGAAGUAAUUUCAGGAAGAUUGUACGCAGGACCUGAGGUGGAUAUCUGGAGCAGUGGGGUCAUCCUCUACGCCUUGUUAUGUGGAACCCUCCCCUUUGAUGACGACCAUGUGCCAACUCUGUUUAAGAAGAUAUGUGAUGGGAUAUUUUAUACCCCUCAGUAUUUAAAUCCCUCUGUAAUCAGCCUUUUGAAACAUAUGCUACAGGUAGACGCCAUGAAGAGGGCCACAAUAAAAGAUAUCAGGGAACAUGAAUGGUUUAAACAGGACCUUCCAAAAUAUCUCUUUCCUGAGGAUCCAUCAUACAGUUCGACCAUGAUUGAUGAUGAAGCCUUAAAAGAAGUGUGUGAGAAGUUUGAAUGCUCAGAAGAGGAAGUUCUCAGCUGCCUGUACAACAGAAAUCACCAGGACCCACUGGCGGUUGCCUACCAUCUCAUAAUAGACAACAGGAGAAUAAUGAACGAAGCCAAAGAUUUCUACUUGGCAACAAGCCCCCCUGAUUCUUUCCUCGAUGAUCACCAUUUAACUCGGCCGCAUCCUGAAAGAGUACCAUUCUUGGUUGCUGAAACACCAAGGGCACGGCAUACCCUUGAUGAAUUAAACCCACAGAAAUCCAAACACCAAGGUGUACGGAAAGCAAAGUGGCAUUUGGGAAUUAGAAGUCAAAGUCGACCAAAUGAUAUCAUGGCAGAAGUUUGUAGAGCAAUCAAGCAAUUGGAUUAUGAAUGGAAGGUUGUAAACCCUUAUUAUUUGCGUGUACGAAGGAAGAAUCCUGUGACAAGCACAUUUUCCAAAAUGAGUCUACAGCUAUACCAGGUGGACAGUCGGACUUACUUAUUGGAUUUUCGUAGUAUUGAUGAUGAAAUUACAGAAGCCAAAUCAGGGACAGCUACUCCACAGAGAUCGGGAUCCAUCAGCAACUACCGAUCUUGCCAAAGGAGUGACUCCGAUGCUGAGGCUCAAGGAAAACCCUCAGAAGUUUCUCUUACCUCAUCUGUGACCUCGCUUGAUUCUUCUCCUGUUGACUUAGCCCCAAGACCAGGAAGUCACACAAUAGAAUUUUUUGAGAUGUGUGCAAAUCUAAUUAAAAUUCUUGCCCAGUAAACCUAAAACUUUGCUUAUUUCUUUGAUGCAAUAAGCAUGCAUAAUAAAUAAUAGCCAAACACUUCCACUUACCAGGUUAUAUAUAUAUAAUUAUAACUAAGGAUUGGCCUUUUGGAAUGCAGUUGGCACAGGGAUUGGAAAAUGAUUGAUAAUUAGAAGCCUAUGUGCAGAAAUGAACUGGGACCAUUCUGUUGUACCUUGUUCAAUAGGUACAUAUAUCAUAAUAUACACAGAAUGGAUUGUAGGGUCAGGCUCACUUGAUUUUUGACCAUUUUAAUUUGGUACAGCAGGGCUGUGUAGGCCAUAAAUUUACCAUAAAAGCCUUCAUAUAUGUUGAUGUGGUUUAUAUUUGCUAUAUGAAUUAUUUGCCUAGAAUCCCCAUAGACCUUAGGUGAUUCUGUUUUCUGGGCUCCUUAGCUUCUUAAAUAUUUACUAUUUCCAUUUCUGGUAACAUUGUGAACUAUUUCCGUACCCUUCUUAAAAUGCUAUUUUGUGUGGUAAGUCACAUCAGAUACACACUCAAUUUAAAAAUUUUCAUUAGCUUGUAAGCUUCCAAACCCAAGUUCACUUCUGCAGUUUCCCCUUCAUGUUUUGUAUAUGAAGUGCUGCUUUGGAUCCACGAGUCGAGUGCCCAUACUGUACUGAAUCAUGUUUUUGUCACCGUCAACAGCUUCUUCUGGCUAUCAUGAUGACAGUAUUGAAUGUCACUUGAUUGUGUAUUCUUAAAAUUGAUUUAGUGCAUAGAAAGGAAGUGUUUUAUAAGCUUUGAAUGCUUGGAUUGGAUUUUUAACCCCGGAUUUUAUUCUGGACGUAUUUACAAAGGACAGUUGAAAGAGUAUAGUGCUCGCCGGGCGAUGGUGGCACACGCCUUUAAUCCCAGCACUCGGGAGGCAGAGGCAGGCGGAUCUCUGUGAGUUCGAGACCAGCCUGGUCUACAGAGCUAGUUCCAGGACAGGCUCCAAAACCACAGAGAAACCCUGUCUCGAAAAACCAAAAAAAAAAAAAAAAAAAAAAGAGUAUAGUGCUCACACUUAUAUCUGCCUCAGUUCCAACAGCCGCUCUGGCUGCAUUUGCUCUUUAGGUCCAUAUAUGUACAAAAACAUAGAUAUGCAUAUAUCUUUGAAUGUAUGUAUGAUUUUGUUCUGAACCAUUGAGAGUUUAAGAUACACAUACCAGCCCUAAGCACUUAAAUGCAUUUUGUGUGGCAAAUCAUAUCAGAUACAGGCUCAAUUAAAAAUUUUUCUUUAGCUUGUAAGCCUCCAAGAUAACCCCCUAAGCACUUUUAGCAUCUCCUAAAAAUAAUUAUCGUCCUGUAAGGAACUCUUGAAUCCAUUAUAAAAUCAGCAAUUUCCGGAUAGUGCAUGGUCUUCCAUAUUUAUCUCUUACCUGUCCAGAAUCCCAUUUAAGUUAUAGUCUGAUUUCAGUAGUAGCUCUUUAAUCAGGUUAAUAUUAUUUUGAAAAAGUGUAAAAGAAAUCAGUUCUUCAAAAUGGUAAAGUUUAUUUCAGGUUUUAAUUUUUAAAAUAUUAGCUGCUAAAGGAGUUUAAUCUUUCUUAGAUCUUUGAUUUAUAUAACUCCCCGUUGAGUGAUAGCAUAGCAUAAUAGUUGUAAAUGAAGGUUUAAAAUUUCAUAAGACAAAGCUGAUAUUUGAUGAGCUAAUUAUUCAUUUCGUAUUGUCCAUAUUUGGCUUCUUUUAAAUUUAAAUUGAGUCCGAGGCUCUAGUUCAGUGGUAGUGCUUGCCUGGGGCACACCCAGUUUGUGGGUUUGAUCCCAGCAAUGCAAAACUAUAUUUUUCUUUAAACAUUAAUCAUCUUCCCUUUUUUUAGGAUGGACUUUUUUUCACUGCAUUCAUUUAAAGUCCCCUCACUCCCCAAAUCUGUUGAGCACUUAUGUAACCAGAUGAUAGUGAAUUUGGAGGUCAUGAUAGCUUGCAUAAAAGAUGACUCUAUAGUUUAUGCACUGAAUUCCGAACAAAAAAUAUGAUUCUUUUUGUUCGGGGCUUGUUUUAUUCAACUCCAAUUUGAAUGCUGUAUAAAGUAAUGGAGACUCCAUUUAAAUGAGUUCCAAACUGUAUUUAUACCUGUGUGUGUGUCCUCUGUUUGGGGUUACUGACAUCACUCAUGCUGUCCGAAUACAGCAUUGUGUUCCCGAUGUGAAGGACGGAAGACUGCAUUUUUGAAGUUACAGAUUUGUAAAUAGGACUAAGGAAUAUCUCUAUAAACUGCUGGGGGGGAGGGGCACAAAAGGAGGAACCAAUGAAAUAGGACCUUCUAAAAAUUGUUAAUUUUGUAAACUUUGCUUCUUUUAUAAGUUAUUCUGUGAUUCCUUUUAGUUACUGAGUUUUAUUUUGAAGAUAUUUAAAUAUUGCACUUGUAUAAAUAGUAUGAUAAAUGCAGAUUAUUGCAGUCAAUUUUUUUUAAGCUAGAAUAUUUGAAAUGACAACUUUCAGUUAAGUAUGUCAAGCUAGCAACAGAAUUUUCACAAAUGUAGUUUGCAAAUUCUUAUAUUGAACAUGUAAGGGGAGUUAAUGCAAAUGAUUUUUAAUCUUUUUUUAUUAUCUUUUCAGCAAUUUAUAUUUUUGUGAUUUUAUGCAACCAUAUUUUUACUUUGUCUUGACAACUGAAAGCUGUAUAAGGUUUUGCCAGAAAAGUACUGUAUACAUAGUUUUAAAUAUUACAGAUUUUGCUGGUAUGUAAAAAUUUUGCCAUUAAAAUUGAUUUCUCACGAAAGGAACUUUUCUACCAAGUUGGGACAUGUGGGAGCUUAAUAUAUCUAAUUUAAAAUAAUUUCACUGAAAUAAACACCAUUGUUUUUAAUUUGAUUAUAUCUUUUCUCAAGAUGCUUUUUUAGUAUUUUGGAGUUUUAGAUAAUUUUAUAUUGAUUCUCUCCCUUCCUGACACCAUCCUUUGGAUCUUUGAUAUCAUUCACAAAUGAACUAACAUGGCUCGGGUGUGUAAGAUCUGUGUUCCAAGCGGCGUCUUGGGAAUGAAGGAAAACUAUGUCUAAAUCUUUCUUCUCCUUUUCUCCUUCCUCUUCCCCCUGUUCAUUGUGGGCUCCGACAAGAUGAAUGAAAUCCACCCACAGCCUAGCUGUAAGUUGGUUGUAGGGUGGAGUCAAUCUUUGUGCUUUAUGUAUGAUUGCCCAGAGUACCUUGAUUUAGAAAGA